AUAAUAUUAGUGAAAAUAAAACUAAUAUUAGUCAAGAAAAUAAAGAAAAUGAUAUAGAAACAGAUGAAAAAACAAAUAUUAGAUCUAGUGUUCAUCAAUAUUUUACUUUAAAUAAAAAAAUUAAAAAAUAUAAAUGUAAUUAUUGCAGUCAAAAAUAUAAAAUACCAGAAGAUAAAUCAACAUCUACUUUAAAAAGACAUCUUGAAAAAAAAUAUAAAAAUAUAAUCACAACUGAAAAAAUUAUAGGAGCAAUAGAUAAAUUUGUUAAAAAAGAAGAAUUGGAUGCUACUCUUGAAAUAAGUGCUUCAUUUUAUCAAACACUUAGUUAUACUAUUUCUAUUUAUAAUUAUUUAUUAGAUUUAAUUGAAAAAUUUCUUAAAAAAGAAUCUUAUUCUAAUAAAAUUAUUAAUGCUAUUAACAAAGCCAAACUUAAAUUACAAAAAUAUUAUCCAACAACUAAUGGACUUGUUUAUAUAAUUUCUACUA